AAAUUAUCGACGUCGCUCAGCACAGCUGUAGUUACCGCCGUCGAGGAACUUUUUGCACAUAAAUGUAAAUUCUGAAAAAUCGGCAAAGAAUCAGGAGAAUAUAAUAAGGUAAGAGGUGGCACUGACCACAUUGCUAAGAGUUCACUGUUACUACAAGAGUUGCUAAGAAUUUAAAUUCAAAAUGCUCAAAGUGGAAAAUGAAAACUAACAUCUACGAAUGCUUCAAUAAUUGUAUGUUUUCGUUAUACGCGCAUAUCGCUUGAAUCACAUUCCGCAUACUUAGUGUAUUCGAAUUGUCACAAACGCUCCUUGCGGCAGAUCGAUGGUCCGCAUCAGUCGCGUCAGCGACAAUCAGCGUCUCCGUGUUUAUGACACUUGGCGCGGAGGUUAUACCGUAAAUAUGGCGCUCGCCAUUACUUGAGACGCGAGACGCAACGUCAACGACGCGACAUCGGGCGCCCCGGCUGUGUUCGACGACGUCGCGGUUCAUCGUCGGCCCCCAGGCGGAGGGUCCAAAAUGCCGUCAGGCCACUGCCGACCUCGCGCAUCGUCCAUGCCGCAGCUCCGUUCGGUUUGAGGUAGAACGCGACGCGAUGAAGUCCGUAUACAAGUUGUUCCUGCUGUGCCUUAUCCUCGCCGCGCUGAUAAUACUGCUCAACGUGACCACUAACUUCUCCAACAAGCUGUACGACCAGCCGCCCGCGAGCAGGGAGCGCCUGGCGCUCGCGAGGAAGUCCCCGGGAGGCGCGUCCGUGGGCGAGGUGACGAUAUGCGUGGUGGUGUGCGGGGACAGGCUGUACGAGGCCCUGACCAUGCUCAAGUCGGCGCUGGUCUUCGCCGGCAGGCCGCUGCAGUUCGUCAUACUGGCGGAGCAGAAUCUGAUACCGGCCUUCAGCGAGAAGCUGUCGGAGUGGCGGCUGAUAUCCAAUAAGACCUUCGACUUCCUGGUGCGGCCCAUCACCUUCCCGGACGGCAGCGACGUGGCCAUGUGGAAGAAGCUGUUCAAGCCCUGCGCGGCGCAACGGCUCUUCCUACCGACCGUACUGAACGACACGGACGCGGUGCUCUACGUGGACACGGACACCCUGUUCCUGGCGCCGCCCGAGAGGGUCUGGGACGAGUUCAAGAAGAUGAACUCCAGCCAGCUGGCGGCGCUCAGUCCAGAACACGAGGAUCCCAACACCGGCUGGUACAAUCGAUUCGCCAAGCACCCGUAUUACGGCAAGCUGGGCGUCAAUUCCGGCGUGAUGUUGAUGAACCUGACGAGAAUGCGGGAGUUCCACUGGACCGACUACGUGAUCCCCAUUCACAAGGAGUACAGACUGAAGAUAACCUGGGGCGACCAGGACAUCAUCAACAUAAUAUUCCACUAUCAUCCGGAGAAGCUGUACGUGUACUCGUGCCGGUACAACUACAGGCCGGACCAUUGCAUGUACAUGUCGGUGUGCGCGGAGGCGGAGAGGGAGGGCGCUCUGGUGUUGCACGGCUCCCGCGGCACGUUCCACUCGCAGAAGCAGCCGCCCUUCAAGGCCGUGUACCGGGCCAUGCAGGAGUACCAGCUCAACACGGACCCGUACGACGAGCUGCUCGUGCCGAUGCGCAAUUACCUGGCGAUGGAGGACAAGUCCAACUGCGGCCGCGUCUCCAAGGUGUUCAUCAUCCAGCCGGAGCUGCAUCUGGCUGCCCGAAACUUCUAAAACCUUUUACUCGAAAUUACGGGCUCGCUUUUUCGUCCCUUAUAUCCUUUUAUAAAACUUUUAGAUGCUCGUU